CCGUCCAGUCAACAGCUGGAACUGGAGGCUCCCAAGGAGCCAGGACGCCAGUAUUGUCUCAGUUUGGGUUACUUCCAAAGCACAGCCUGAAUUAAGGGCUUGGGUACAGGUAAUCCUGCAUCUGGCAGGUCAGCUCUGGAAGCAGGAGUGAGGGAGCAGGGCAGAAGAGGGAAAAAGAGAGCCAGGAAGAGUAUGUUGUUGGGUCUCUUCAGUAGGGAUCAGGAAGCUCUCAGAAUUACACAGAACACCUUCCAGAAAGACUGAAGACUGGGACACUGGUGCCCAGCUUGUAUUCCCCAUGGUCUGAGGGCUGUCCAGAGGUAUUAUACACAUUUGCAGCCUGUUCUUGUCAGAGGUCUUAGUGGGCUGCCACAGCUUCGGACACCGAGGCAGGAAAGCAGAGAUUCACACUCAUGUGACGGGUUCAGCCUUAGUGAGAUCUGAGCUUCCAGACAAAUGUCCACCACAACUGUCGCUGAAAUCAGAGCAGACUCAGGGUACCAAAAGCUAGUCUCAGUGUCUUCAAAGGACACACCCCCCUUCACAACUCCUUCGUGCCCAUUAAGUGGCCAAAAGAGAAAGGUAAGAGAGAAAGUGACCAAUCCAGUGUGGCUAAAGUGAGCAGUUCUGGAGAACGAAGCCGGUUCCUCCCCUAGAUCAGGGAGGAAGAAGCAGGGAAGCAGGAAGGCCAUGGUCCCUGCCAGGAUCCUGGUAAUCCUGGAUCCAUGCAGCAGGAUCCAUCCUCCACUCACCGCCCACCCUGGCACUCUGCCUUACCCCUCAUUGUGUUCAAGCCCUGCCCACAAUCCCACCCUCAGCCUGGCCUCCCUUUUCCUAAAGCUGCAGUUUGUGGCUUUCACAGUAGGUGGCGGCAAGUCCAGUGCAAAUCCCAUAUAAUGCAACUUCUCAAGGAUGGGAGCCCAAAACUAUCCCUAGAAAUUCUCUCCAUAGAAAGAAAAAGACCAGAGAUCAUAUCCCAUCCUCUUACACCGUUCCCACUUAUCCUCAGCACACACCGCCACCAAAGACACACACACACACACCCCCAAGCUUCUGUGACCUUUGCGGCAACUCUGGGCCUCAAUCCCUCCUCCACGAUCCCAUCUAGGCCCCUCCUUUUUCCCUCCCCUUGGACUUUGCCCUUCUUACUGGCCUGGCAGGCGGGGCCAGAGUCCGGGGUGACUCAUCUCCCACCUCACUGGGGCUGAGACCCCAGCUCUGUAACAGAAAACACCACCACUUCGGCCCCAGCACAGCAGAGAACCACCCAGCCUAGAACUCACCGGGAGAAGCAACUAUCCUCCUGCUCCUUCCCUCCACCAUGGAGUACCUCUCAUCCCUAGACCCCAGCGGUCUGCUCAGGUCGGUAUCCAAUAUGAGCUCUGAGUUUGGCCGGAAAGUCUGGACUUCAGCUCCACCACCCCAGCGACCUUUCCGAGUCUGUGAUCACAAGCGGACCACCCGGAAAGGUCUGACAGCUGCCACCCGCCAGGAACUGCUAGACAAGGCACUGGAGGCCCUGCUGCUGAGAGGGAUGCUAACACUGGUGCUGGAGGAGGAUGGGACCGCUGUGGAGAGUGAGGACUUCUUCCAGCUUUUGGAGGAUGACACAUGCCUGAUGGUGCUGGAGUGCGGGCAGAGCUGGAGCCCCAGCAAGAGUGGCAUGCUGUCAUAUGGCCUGGGCCGGGAGAAGCCCAAGCACAGCAAGGACAUCGCCCGCAUCACCUUUGACGUAUACAAGCAAAACCCUCGAGACCUCUUUGGCAGCCUCAAUAUCAAAGCCACGUUCUACGGGCUCUACUCCAUGAGUUGUGACUUUCAAGGACUCGGCCCAAAGAAAGUACUCAGGGAGCUCCUCCGUUGGACCUCUGCACUGCUGCAAGGCCUGGGCCAUAUGCUCCUGGGAAUUGCCUCCAGCCUUCGCCAUGUAACAGAAGGGGCCGAGCAGUGGCACUGGCAGCAGCAGGGUCGCCUCCAUCCCUACUGAGAAGGGGCUCUGAGCUGCUUUCUGCCCCUAGACUCACUGCAAGAGACAUACUGUGAGGACUGUGAGGGCAUCGGCUUUGGAGAUGUGAGGACAGUGUAGAUGAGAUGACUCACCUGAUUUCCCCCACUGUCUUCUGACCCCAUUGUUACAGGCCCCAUCAGCAUAAGGCCUUCCAGCCCUAGCCUAUACCCUUUCCUGAAGAAUGCUGUUCCCUUCCCAGCCAGCUUUCCACCCUCCCACUUACCCUGAAAGGCCACAAGCCCAUCCCCAAGCAUCUCAAUUCCACCCUCCUGAUCAUUGCUACAUCUAGAUUCUUUGCACCUCCUCCUGUCCCUAAGCUUCCCAAUGCACUGAAUUCGGCCCUCUUUGACUUUGUCUAGAUUUCUUUAUACACUUCUCCCCAAAAUAACAAAAACAUUUCCAAUAAAAAUAUAAAAAUAUUUAUUAUUAA